AUGGAGAGCCCCCGUCUGAGGCUGCUGCCCCUCCUGGGAGCCGCCCUGUUGCUGUUACCUCUGCUGGGCGCCCAUGCCCAGGAAGACGCAGAGCUUCAGCCGCGAGCCCUGGACAUCUACUCCGCCGUGGAAGACGCCUCCCAUGAGAAGGAGCUGAUCGAAGCGCUGCAGGAAGUCCUGAAGAAGCUCAAGAGUAAACGCAUUCCGAUCUAUGAGAAGAAGUACGGUCAAGUCCCCAUGUGCGACGCUGGCGAGCAGUGUGCAGUGCGGAAAGGAGCGAGGAUCGGGAAGCUGUGCGACUGUCCCCGAGGAACCUCCUGCAAUUCAUUCCUCCUGAAGUGCUUAUGA